AUGCCGGUCACCCAGUUUACUACGCCUGAGAAGUACAGAUAUCAGAAUGGCUUCAACUCAUACCAUGAGUCCGAAGCCAUUGCUGGAGCGCUCCCCAUAGGAACCAACUCUCCUCAAAAACCCCCUUACGGCCUCUACGCAGAGAAGCUCUCUGGCACAGCAUUCACAGCUCCGCGCCACGAAAAUCAGCAAUCAUGGCUGUACCGCAUCCUCCCUGCCGCGGCCCACACACCCUUCGAGCCCCGCGAAUCCUCUUUCUUUGACAUGAACGAAGAAGGCCAUAAGAUGCACCAGAUACCUAACCAGCUGCGCUGGGAUCCCUUUGAUCUAGACGAGGGCGUCGAUUGGGUACACGGGCUGAAACUUGUUGCUGGAGCUGGUGAUCCGGCGAUGAAAUCUGGGAUUGGGAUAUUUAUAUUUGCUGCUGGGAAGAGCAUGGACAGCACCGAGGCUUUCUAUAGCGCGGAUGGAGAUUUCCUGAUUGUGCUACAACAUGGGGUCUUGGACAUCCAGACAGAGCUGGGAAGGAUUCUCGUGAGGCCCAAUGAGAUAUGUGUCAUUCCUAGAGGGAUACGAUAUCGAGUCGAGCUGCCGAAUGGACCAGUUCGAGGAUAUAUACUGGAGUUAUACCAAGGCCAUUUCCAACUUCCUGAACUAGGUCCAAUUGGGUCGAAUUGCCUUGCCAAUGCGAGGGAUUUCCAGGCGCCGGUUGCUUGCUUUGACGAGGAUGCAGCGGGCCAAUACACUGUACUAUCGAAAUUCAACAGGCAUUUAUUCGCUGCGAGCCAAAGCCAUACGCCUUUUGACGUCGUGGCCUGGCACGGCCUCUACUACCCGUACAAAUAUGAUCUAGGACGCUUCAACACCAUUGGUAGCAUAUCUUUCGAUCAUCCUGAUCCGAGCAUUUUUACCGUGCUUUCAGCGCCGUCCAGCCAGCUGGGCACCUCCAUCGCAGACUUUGUCAUCUUUCCUCCACGCUGGCUCGUUGGCGAAGAUACCUUUAGACCGCCCUGGUACCACCGUAACACCAUGUCCGAAUUUAUGGGCCUCAUCGGCGGCGAGUACGAUGCGAAGACAGGAGGAGGCUUUAAGCCUGCCGGAGCUAGUUUACACAAUAUCAUGUCAGCGCACGGUCCUGAUGCUGGCACGCAUGAGAAAGCCUCGAAUGCGGAGCUCAAGCCAGUGAAGGUCGGAGAGGGAAGCAUGGCGUUCAUGUUUGAGAGUUGCUUAAUGGUGGGAGUUACGGAGUGGGGACUGAAGCAGUGCAGGAAGGUGCAGGAGGACUAUAAUGAAGAGAGCUGGACACCUUUGAAGGAUCAUUUUAAGGUUCCUCAAGGUGUGAAGAGAUUCAGGCUUCCCCCGAAUAAGCUCGGCCACUAUAAGGCUGUUAUUAGUGCCAUGAGAGCUGGCAUUUUGGAACCGGAAUUCCAUAAGUUCGGAUUGGGUGCUCCGGAAACAGUUGGAGAAAUAGGGAUCUGA